UUUCAGAAUUCAGACUUCAGGUUCAGUUCAAAAUAAUACAAAGUAAACAAAGUCUACCAUAUCAUAGAAAUUGAGCAAAUAUACCGUAUACGACUUUGAUAUUAUUCUUUUUAUGCCGCAUUUUUAUUUAUUUGAACUUUAAUUUUAUGCAUCUACAAUGAGGAUUCUCAAGCCAGCGUGGAUUACUGGUAGAUGUGGCGUUAGUACAUGGUCUCCUCUAGCUACGGCAUUCAACACUAGGCCUACACAUAGACCAAUAUUUGACUCUCUGCGAGUACAAACUGGUCUCUUCAAUAAACCGGAACUGACAAGCUAUGAAGGAUUCUACACAUUGAAGGAGCAAGCUAUAGAUGCAACAGAUCGACUCAUAGAUGAAGCAACGAAUAACCCAACUAGGCCUAUGGUGGAAAUAUUUGAUGAGCUGUCAGAUACAUUGUGCAAAGUUGCUGAUCUCGCUGAAUUUGUUAGGAUUGCCCAUCCGGACCCACACUUCGCUAGUGCUGCAGAAGAUGCUUGUAUUAGUGUUAGUGGUGUUGUUGAAAAGUUAAAUACUCACAAAGGCUUAUAUGAAGCUCUAAGGGACUCUGUGCGCCGGGGUACAUCAGGCGACAAGCAUUUAGCUGAAUUGUUUCUUUUUGACUUUGAACAAAGUGGUAUCCAAUUAGAAGAGAGCUCCAGGCAAGAGGUGGUUGCUUUAAACGAUCUCAUACUUCAGACUGGUCAGCAGUUUAUGGCAGGGGCUGCCAAGCCCAGGAGAGUACCGCGGUCUGUUGUUCCACAGAACGUACGGCAGUUUUUCAGCACAGAAGGCGAUGACGUAAUAGUCAGCGGGGUGUACGCGGAAUGUGGAGAAGCAGCGGCUCGAGAGGCCGCCUACCGGCUCUACCUGGCGCCUGACGUGCGGCAGGACCGCCUGCUGACGACCACGAUACGGGCCAGACAUCGACUGGCACAGCUCUGUGGCUUCCCAAGCCACGCAGACAGAGCAAUAAAAGCGAGUACCAUGGAAACAUCUAGUAACGUACGAGAGUUUCUCGAUAUCCUGUCUGAUAACCUUCAUGACAGAGCCAACAUGGACUUUGAGGCGAUGGCGAGGAUGAAGGCAAUAGAAUCUCCUUAUCAGGAAAAGCUCAUGUGUUGGGAUACUCCAUACUUCACCCACAAAGCGAAGACACAGCUGUUAAAUGCAGCCAACUCUGACUUUAGCCCAUACUUCUCUCUGGGCGGCUGUAUGGAGGGGCUCAAUAUGCUGUGCCAGGAGUUGUACGGCAUCACGCUGCAGUCUGAAGAAAUGUUGCCAGGCGAAUCGUGGGCACCGGACGUGUACAAACUAGCGGUGGUCCACCAGCGCGAAGGUCUACUGGGGCACAUCUACUGCGAUCUGUACGAGCGUCCGGGGAAGCCGCACCAGGACUGCCACUUCACUAUCCAGGGAGGAAAGCUUUUGCCCGACGGGACUUAUCAGAAUCCGAUCGUGGUGAUAAUGCUGUCGCUGAACGGCGGGCAUCGGUCGGGGCCUGCGCUCCUGGGCGCGGGUGCCGUCGACAACCUGUUCCACGAGGCGGGCCACGCGCUGCACUCCAUGCUGGGCCGUGCCGCGCACCAGCACGUGGCGGGCACGCGCUGCGCCACAGACCUGGCCGAGCUGCCCAGCGUGCUCAACGAGUACUUCGCCUCCAGUCCCGAGGUGGUGCGGAGGUUCGCGCGUCACUUCCAGACUCGAGAGGCGAUGCCGGAGGAGAUGCUACAGAGGCUCUGCGCCUCCAAAUACCUGUUCGGGGCGAGUGAGAUGCAGUUGCAGGUGUUCUACUCAGUGCUGGAUCAGCAGUACCACGGCGUGAACGCUGCCGAUGUUGACAACACAACCAGCGUGCUGCAGGAGACACAGAAGCAAUACUACGGACUGCCCUACGUCGACAAUACGGCGUGGCAACACCGAUUCAGUCACCUGAUAGGCUACGGAGCGAAGUACUACUCGUACCUGAUAUCGCGCGCACUGGCAUGGAGCGUGUGGCGGCAGAACUUUGAGGCACGUCCGCUCUGCUCCGCGGCCGGACACAGACUGCGCCAAUCAGUGCUUAGCCACGGGGGCGCGCUCCCACCACAGGUGCUGCUGCGUGAGUACCUCGGCACGGAGAUCACCCCGCGUGCUCUGGCCACAGCGCUCACCGACGAACUUGACUACCACAGAGAUCGACUCAAACACUGUCUGUGAGAUAGCUGAUGAUAACUACAUAAGAACCGGUUUGAACCGCUUCUACACCAUUUAUCAAUUAUUAUACGAGAGUGGGUAUAAGCACAUCUCAAAGUGUCUACCGGACUGUCACUGCUGUUAACUACAUAAGAACCGGUUUCAACCGCUUCUACACCAUUUAUCAAUUACUAUACGAGAGUGGGUAUAAACACAUCUCAAAGUGUCUAUCGGACUGUCGCUGCUGUUAACUACAUAAGAACCGGUUUCAACCGCUUCUACACCAUUUAUCAAUUACUAUACGAGAGUGGGUAUAAACACAUCUCAAAGUGUCUAUCGGACUGUCGCUGCUGUUAACUACAUAAGAACCGGUUUCAACCGCUUCUACACCAUUUAUCAAUUAUUAUACGACAGUGGGUAUAAACACAUCUCAAAGUGUCUACCGGACUGUCGCUGCUGUUAUCUACAUAAGAACCGGUUUCAACCGCUUCUACACCAUUUAUCAAUUAUUAUACGAGAGUGGGUAUAAACACAUCUCAAAGUGUCUACCGGACUGUCGCUGCUGUUAACUACAUAAGAACCGGUUUCAACCGCUUCUACACCAUUUAUCAAUUAUUAUACGAGAGUGGGUUUAAACACAUCUCAAAGUGUCUACCGGACUGUCGCUGCUGUUAACUACAUAAGAACCGGUUUCAACCGCUUCUACACCAUUUAUCAAUUAUUAUACGACAGUGGAUAUAAACACAUCUCAAAGUGUCUACCGGACUGUCGCUGCUGUUAACUACAUAAGAACCGGUUUCAACCGCUUCUACACCAUUUAUCAAUUAUUAUACGAGAGUGGGUAUAAACACAUCUCAAAGUGUCUACCGGACUGUCGCUGCUGUUAACUACAUAAGAACCGGUUUCAACCGCUUCUACACCAUUUAUCAAUUAUUAUACGAGAGUGGGUUUAAACACAUCUCAAAGUGUCUACCGGACUGUCGCUGCUGUUAACUACAUAAGAACCGGUUUCUACCGCUUCUACACCAUUUAUCAAUUAUUAUACGACAUUGGGUAUAAACACAUCUCAAAGUAUCUACCGGACUGUCGCUGCUGUUAACUACAUAAGAACCGGUUUCAACCGCUUCUACACCAUUUAUCAAUUAUUAUACGAGAGUGGGUAUAAACACAUCUCAAAGUGUAUACCGGACUGUCGCUGCUGUUAACUACAUAAGAACCGGUUUCAACCGCAUCUACACCAUUUAUCAAUUAUUAUACGAGAGUGGGUUUAAACACAUCUCAAAGUGUCUACCGGACUGUCGCUGCUGUUAACUACAUAAGAACCGGUUUCAACCGCUUCUACACCAUUUAUCAAUUAUUAUACGACAGUGGAUAUAAACACAUCUCAAAGUGUCUACCGGACUGUCGCUGCUGUUAACUACAUAAGAACCGGUUUCAACCGCUUCUACACCAUUUAUCAAUUAUUAUACGAGAGUGGGUAUAAACACAUCUCAAAGUGUCUACCGGACUGUCGCUGCUGUUAACUACAUAAGAACCGGUUUCAACCGCUUCUACACCAUUUAUCAAUUAUUAUACGAGAGUGGGUUUAAACACAUCUCAAAGUGUCUACCGGACUGUCGCUGCUGUUAACUACAUAAGAACCGGUUUCAACCGCUUCUACACCAUUUAUCAAUUAUUAUACGAGAGUGGGUAUAAACACAUCUCAAAGUGUCUACCGGACUGUCGCUGCUGUUAACUACAUAAGAACCGGUUUCAACCGCUUCUACACCAUUUAUCAAUUAUUAUACGAGAGUGGGUUUAAA